AUGACGCGGAGGAAGUACUCUAACAUCGAGCGAGAGGCGCUUGCCGUGGUGUUCGGAGCUACUACUUUCCGCCAGUACCUUCUCGGUCGCAAGUUCAUUUUCGAAACAGACCACCAGCCGCUUGUUAAACUGCUUGGGUGUACAGACGGCGUUCCGUACUUGGUGUCACCGAGACUCAAGAAAUGGAAGUUGGCCCUAGCGGCAUACGACUACUCUAUCAAGCACAUCCCAGGGCGCCAAAACCCAUUCGCUGAUUUCAUGUCGCGCCAACCUGGUCCUGGCGCUCCCUGCUCCGACGAGGUAGCUGAUGAACAGGUACUAUUCAUUGAAAGCGAAGUCAUUAAUGCGGACACAGUUGCUACCGAAACGCAACGGGAUCCUAUACUGAAGACAGUUUGGCACCAUGUACUGAAUGGGUGGCCGGAAACCAUUGAUCAAACUCUACAGCCGUACUUUGCGAAGCGCUGGGAGUUGUCUGUGUCUGACAAUAUCCUUCUUUGGAACGAUCGUGUCAUUGUUCCAGAAUCAUUACGUGAGUUCUUGCUGAACGAUCUUCACUAUGAACACACAGGUGUAGUUCGUAUGAAACGCUUGGCACGUCGCUACAUGUGGUGGCCUCGUAUCGACAGAGAUUUGGAGCAGGUUUGCGCUCAGUGUCCGGAAUGCCAAGCUGAAGCACGCCUGCCAGCGAAGGAGUUUGGUAGCUGGUCAUGGCCGACGGGACCUUGGCAACGCUUACAUAUUGAUUACGCCGGUCCUUUCAUGGGCAAGAUGUUUCUUGUCAUUGUUGAUUCAUAUUCUCGAUUUCUGGAUAUUGUUCCUAUGGACCGUGCAACGUCCGCUACUACUAUCGCUGCUUUACGCCGUGUCUUCGCUUUGUUUGGCCUACCACAUCACAUCGUAUCGGACAACGGCUCACAAUUCACGAGUGAAGAAUUUCAAUCAUUCCUACACAAGAAUGGCAUUCGACACACUUGUUCCGCUCCUGGACAUCCGGCAACCAACGGGUUAGCAGAACGCUAUGUUGGGGUUUUCAAGUCAAAAUUGAAAGCCAUGGGUACGCAGGGUGACCUACACGCUACGCUACAACGCUUCCUCCUGUCACAUCGUACAACCCCUUCAGCAAACAACAAGUCACCAGCUGAGAUGCUUAUGAUGCGUCAACCAUGUACCCGUUUUGACACGCUAAAACAGACCGCCAAACCGUCUGUUGACUCUUACGAACGCAACAUGAACAAGACCCCAGAAUUCCAACCAGGCGACGCUGUGUUCACUCUAAAUUUUGGCUCUUAUGGUUCAAAGUGGGUCCCAGGUCGCAUCGUGUCAGUCAUCAGUCCAGUCAACUACCAAGUUCAAGUUCAGGAUGCUUUGUGGAAGCGUCAUCGCAACCAGUUGAGAGCACGUUCAGUUCCUUUGUCUGAGUUUGUGAGGGAGGAUGUGGCUGAAGCUCCCCCUAAAUCGACGCAUCAGGCUCCAUCGUCAUCCGCUGAUACUGGUCCCAGUGUUUCUUCUACCGGUACAGUUUCAAGUUCAAGUCCUACUACCGCUGAGAAACAACCGUCAAGUCAGUCAACAGUCAGCCCUACACCAACAACCAUGACAAUACCUACGGAUAGUGAGUCUGAGUCUAGAAUGCCGACACCAUCGACACCUGGUCAGAACACUAGUACGACCCGGUCCGGCCGCCAGGUUGUCAUACCUGAACGGUACCGCACUCAAGCCAAGUAG